AUGGCGGGUGUUCGGUGGAGACCGCCCGGCGACUUUUUCUUCACGUACCGUCUAGCGUUCGUGGUUUUAGCGUUCUUGGUCGAAGGAAGUAGCGCAUUCACAGUACAUCUAACUGACCAGUGCGGGAAAAGCAUCAACAUCAGAAGUCACGGUGGCCAGGUCAACUCCCAGCCAGAGGCGGCGUACCCGGCUAACACCGACUGUGCGCUGACACUACAGGCCGACUCCGGGAAGAACAUCUACAUCCGGCUGGAGAAACUCGACAUACCAGACGGAAGCAAUGGACAGACUUGCGGCGACAGUCUGUGGAUUUACGACGGUCCUUCCGCGACAGGAACCACCCUGGGCGGCCCGAUUUGCGGCUCGAGCGCCGGCGAGGAGUAUGAGUCGACAGGGGACGCCGUGACCUUGAAGUUUACCUCAGACUCCGACAGUCAGCGGGGCAGCGGCUUCCUCAUUGUGUACGCCGCCUUUGACAGUGGUUCUCCGUGCGACAGUACGGAGUUUGAGUGCGGGAACGGCCGGUGUGUGUCCCGGGACCUGACGUGUGACCUGGCCAACCACUGCGGAGAUAACACUGACGAGAGCACCAGUGCUAUGCACGCCAACUGCGCAAUUGGAGUGGCCGGUGCUGUUGUAACUGCUGCCCAGGCACGUGGCCUAGGCGUGGGAGUGAUCGCCGCCAUCGCGAUCGCUGUCAUCCUGUUUAUCAUCGUCAUCGUCCUCGCCGUCUGCUUCUUUAUCCUGCACCAACAGGACAACAGCGCCUCCCAGCGGAUGGAUUCAGAAAAGCAGGAGCCAGCUCUACAAACCGUUGCGUACCACACCAACCCGGCAAUGGCAAGACCAACCCGCGUAGAAGAAGAAGACCUUGCCAUAACGGAGCUAAGCGAGUCAACGCCUACAUACCAGCCACCUCCGGCCCAACAGCCUCGUCCGGAGGAACCUGAGCUCUACCAAGACCAAGAGGCCGUGGAGGAGGCUGCGAAGCCAGUCUAUCCCGACGCCGUGCCCGGGCCUCCUAAGUACGUACCGCCGCGGGCCGAGGCUUCCGCAUCCCCGGCCAGGUCUAUAACACCCGCCGGCAAUGAAUGAAUAAAAAGCUGUUAGGCCACAGCAAGUAAAUUUUAUGGAUGAAAUCCUCCGCAGAUUCCAAAUCUAAUGCGAGCGGGCGA